AUGGAUCAAGAUGUUGAAAAGCUCAACAAUUACCCAAGCGCAGACGAAUUGAAAGAGAUUGUAACCAGAAACUCAAGCACUCCCUCGUUUUCCUUUGUCAUUGCCAUAAUCAAUUACACCAUCCCACAGGUUUAUGUGUCCCUCCUGCCAGAGGUGCAAUGGCUGAUACGGCGCGUCUUCCGCUCGUUGAUUGGGUUUGGCAAUUUGGUCAAUAAACUAUUCAUUUUGAAAGAUGCACCUGCACCUGCACCUGCCGCUGCUAGCGAGUUGAGCUUGUAUUGGGAGAUAUUGGAGCAAGUAUUUGACGAGCAACUUGUGCCCGACCUCAUGGCGCAGGGAAGAGCACUAGAAGUGAAAGAGAUCGACAAGCUCAUCUUCAAGGGCAGAGUGUUAUCCUUGGCUAACGAGCUUGCACUCGCACACAAGGUCGAUAAAGUCAAGAAUCAGCAUUUGAUGUCGACGGAUUCCUACGUGCUGUUUCUUUCGCUGUCGGUUCUUUCUUUAUUCCAGCAGCAAAGCAGGCUAGUGCCCGAGUUGUUCAUUCACUCCAUUCUCAAGUUCAACCACUCGUCUUUUAAUUCCUUUCUCAAGGUCUUUUUCCAUGAACAAAACUGGAGCUAUUUCCUCUCGGUUUUCAGCUCCAUGAAAUCGUUUCAAAAGAGGGAGUACGUGAGAUCAUUGCUCACGGGAUACCUCCCACAAGUAACUACCGAGUCAAACAUCACAGCGUUAUACAACAUUUUGAAGUUCUCGGUAAACGAGAUAGACAGUGCCACGGUUGAGUCGGUGAUAACACUCUGCCGCAGAAAUCUAACUCAACUAGUGGCCAUGGUGAUGGUUCCGGCCUUGCCUCAAAAGCAAUUGCUAUCGCAGCUUCAAACUUGGUCCGACCCAGCUCUCAUUAAAAGCGAACCAAUACCGAUCCAAGAGUCGAGAACGUUUUUCCUCCUCGCCUUGAUGACAUAUUUACAAGCCACCCAGCACGAGCUUUUGAAAUCCUUGCCCAGAAACCCUACAUUUCUUGAAGGCAUUAGCAAUCAUCUUCAGGCAAACUCGAAUCAUUUGAAAAACUUGGGGAUAGUAUUGGCCGACUAUGUUUGCGAGCUAAAUGGCGACGAGCCGAUUUUCAAAAGCGCAAACUUGGAAAACUCAUUCAAACAUAAUUUCGUCGCGGCACUCAAGAUGAAUUAUUUGAAGGAUAUGCUGGAACAAGAAGCCUGGGCCGUAUUUGAAAAUAGCCAAGGGAAAAACCUGCCGAUUGAGGUAGCUACAGUGCAAAGGGAAUCGUCAAAGACAAGAGGUCCACCCAUGAUUGCUAAAUUGGAUCUGGAUACGACAGACAAUGCCGAGCCAGGAACACGCAAACAGGAAGUACCCAAUCCAAUCUACAUCAGAGAUCUUCUUUCAUACAUCUUGACAGAUACCAAAAACUCCAACGCCCACGACCGUCGUUUGAAAGCACUCUUGUGCGGUCCCGCGCUCCUCAAGUCCAAAUUCCAACAUGGAAACGAAGUCGAGUUCUACACGGAAGACCUUGUGACCAACUUGAUUGGGUUGGAAAACUACUACAAUGACGCCGGCUUUGAAGAGUUGAAAUUGCAAAACUUGGUCGCUGCGAUAGUGACAAAUCCAAACGCCACUUUUCAUUUGUUCAAGUUGUUAUUGAAUGGAGAUUAUUCAAUUCAGCAGAGAGUCACAAUGCUAAGUGCCCUGGGCUUGGCGGCACGGGAACUACGCGGAUUCACCAAUGAUGAAGACACUACUGCUAUUACCGCUAUUACCACUAUUGCAUCACCCACGACGUCACAACCAGCGAGGAAACAGCUUCCCAAAAACCUCCACGACAAGUAUAUGCAAUUAGACACAAACACUUCAUCAUCAACGGCACCAGCCAAGGUUCCCAAAUUCCAUAAACUAAUAUCACAAAACUUCUUCUUUCCCUGCCUCAACGUCUACUACGAAUCGGGCGGCGUGGACAUAGGACCAACAAUUACCCCGAUUUUUCUCGCACACUACAUCAAGACGCUAUCGAUAUUUAUCCACUGCGCUUACCCCAUCUCGUCCCAACUCAACGAUAUGUGCAAGGAGUUUCUAACGCUCAUGUGCGCCAUCAUCCGGGUGGUCAGUUUAGAUGAGAUUCAAGUUGUCGAAAGCGUGAUCUUGGGAAUUUCUUUGGUUUUCGACGUGUUGGACGGAUUGUACAUGAUACAAACGUUUUCAAACGAACUUGCAUUGAUUAGCACUUGGCUACAAGAUGCAUGGGAAGGCAUAAUCGAUGAUGGGUUGAAGAGGGCUGCGGCGCAGCUACUUGUGACAAUAUCGGAGACGGCAAAGAAAUAUGAGCGGACCAUGAUUUAUCAAGACGGCCUACUUUGA